CGAGCCAAUCCGCUUGCAGCCAGCCAUGAGCGCACGCUUGACCCGCUCCAAGGACCUGACGACGAUGGGCGCCGCCUCGUUGGCGACCGUGGUCGCCCUGCUGCUGGGCCUGCUCGCGCGGCCGUCCGAGUGCGCCCGCGCCUUCUUCGUGUUCGGCGACUCGCUGGUGGACAACGGCAACAACAACUACCUCAUGACCACGGCCCGCGCCGACUCGCCGCCGUACGGGAUCGACUUCCCGACGCACCGCGCCACCGGCCGCUUCUCCAACGGCAAGAACAUCCCCGACAUCAUCAGCGAGCACCUCGGCGCGGAGCCGACGCUGCCGUACCUGAGCCCCGAGCUCCGCGGGCAGAAGCUGCUCGUCGGCGCCAACUUCGCGUCGGCCGGCGUCGGGAUCCUGAACGACACCGGCAUCCAGUUCGUGGACAUCCUGCGGAUGAGCCGCCAGCUGCGCUACUUCGGCGAGUACCAGCGCCGGCUCCGCGCGCUCGUGGGCGCCGCCCGGGCGCGGCAGCUGGUGCGCCGCUCCCUCACGCUCAUCACCCUCGGCGGCAACGACUUCGUCAACAACUACUACCUCGUCCCCUUCUCCCUGCGCUCCCGCCAGUUCGCGCUCCCGGACUACGUCCGCUACCUCGUCUCCGAGUACAAGAAGAUCCUCAUCAGGCUGUACGCGAUGGGUUGCCGGCGCGUGCUGGUGACGGGCACGGGGCCCCUGGGGUGCGCGCCGGCGAUCCUGGCGCAGCGGAGCCGGAACGGCGAGUGCGCGGCGGAGCUGAUGCGCGCGGCGUCGCUGUUCAACCCGCUGCUGGCGCGGGCGCUGGAGGGGCUGAACCGCCGGUACGGGGCCGGCACGUUCGUGGCGGCGAACGCGUUCCGCGUCCACUUCGACUUCGUGAGCGACCCGGCCGCGUACGGGUUCGCGACGGCCAAGGACGCGUGCUGCGGGCAGGGCCCCCACAACGGGCUGGGGCUGUGCACGCCGGCGUCCAGCCUGUGCGCCGACCGGGCCCGCUACGUGUUCUGGGACCCGUACCACCCCACGGAGCGCGCCAACCGGAUCAUCGUCAGCCAGUUCAUGCGCGGCUCGCUCGACUACGUCAGCCCCAUGAACCUCAGCACCAUCCUCGAGAUGGACGCCAGGCUCGGCGCCUGAUCCCUCGGCUGGCUGAAGAGAAGCAGGAGCAGAUGACAUGCCAGCCCAAGAAUUGGAAUGAGAAGUCGUGAAUAAAAUCCGAAGAGUUCGUUGCUUGGCUUGUCUGCUUGCAGCUUAUUUUGGUUUAUUCUUUCUCACGAAACAUUAUUGAAUCAGCCGAAUAGGAUAUGCAAUGAAAAAUAAUUAAACACAAUUCGUAGCUUGAGACCGA